AACGCAGACAACAUCAAAUGGUGUUCCGUAAAGAUCUUCUUGCCAUGUUUAAUACCUCAACCAUUAACAGAGAAGAGCUCCAGUGUCUUGGGUAAACAGUGACUGAGGACCCUCAGAGUUGAACCAAGAGUCAGAUAUGGGAAAAGUCUACAAUAUCAGUAAAAAUGUGGGCCUUGGACUUCUGGUACUCGGAGUCAGCGCCGCGGUUACAAUAAUUGGUUUAUCUAUUGCUUAUGAUAAGCAAAGGGCCAAGACUCAAGGUAAGCCUGGAGAUGAAGCUGAUACGGGUAGCACAUCUAUACCGCCGACGACCCCCUUCACCCCAAGGGAACCCUGGGAUUACUACAGACUUCCAGACUCUCUUGUCCCUCUGACCUACAAUGUGACUCUAUGGCCCAGACUGAAGCCCAACGCAGACAACAUGUACAUCUUCACUGGACAUUCUUCUGUGGUCUUUAGGUGUAAGAAAGAAACAGAUCUCAUACUUAUCCAUGCCAACAAGCUGAACUUCACCAUGUACGGUGGCAACCAUGCGAAGCUGAGUGGCCAGGGUGAAGCUGCCGCGCCUGCCAUACGGAGCACUUGGCUUGUGGUGAGGACGCAGUAUCUUGUUGUUCAGCUGAGCAGCAAACUAGCCGUGGGAAAAUCCUAUGAGCUUUACACAGAAUUUAGAGGGGAGCUGGCAGAUGACCUGGAGGGUUUCUACAGGAGUGAGUACAUGGAUGACGGUGUAAAGAAAGUUGUCGCCACCUCUCAGAUGCAAGCAACGUAUGCCAGAAAAGCGUUUCCCUGCUUUGAUGAACCAGCCAUGAAAGCAAAUUUCAGCGUCACCAUUAUUCAUGAGCGAGGCACCGUUGCUCUCUCCAACGGCAAGGAAAUAGAUUCUUCAGACUCCAUCCGUGAUAAUGUUCAAGUCACAGUUACUGCAUUUGAACCCACUCCGAAAAUGUCCACCUACAUAUUAGCAUUUGUCGUCUGUGAAUUUGGCUACAUUCAGUCAAACGACAGCAAUUUGUUGAUUCGAAUAUGGGCUCGAAAAAAAGCCUUAAAUGAUGGGCAGGGCAAUUAUGCUCUUAAUGUUACAGGACCGAUCCUUCAGUUCUAUGAGAGAUACUACAACGCAACUUACCCGCUCUCUAAAUCAGAUCAGAUCGCUCUUCCUGAUUUCAAUGCUGGAGCCAUGGAAAACUGGGGUCUGGUGACAUACCGGGAAACAGCCCUGCUCUAUGACUCCAACCUUUCCUCCACAGGAAACAAAGAGAGGGUCGCAACUGUCAUCUCUCAUGAGCUCGCUCACAUGUGGUUUGGAAACUUGGUGACUUUGCAGUGGUGGAAUGACCUGUGGCUAAAUGAAGGCUUUGCUUCAUACGUGGAAUACCUUGGAGUUGAUUUCGUUGAACCCACCUGGAACAUCAAAGACUACAUCAUUCUGUACGAUGUUCAGAAAGUGUUUGCCAUAGACGCCCUGGCCUCUUCUCACCCAUUGUCCCGCAAAGAAGAGGAGGUUAAUACGCCUGCCGAGAUUAGUGAGAUGUUCAACACCAUCUCUUACAACAAGGGUGCAGCGGUGCUUAGGAUGCUGUCAGAGUUUCUCAGCGAGCCUGUGUUUGCCAAAGGACUCAGUUCUUACCUCAAUGAAUUUGCCUAUAGCAACACAGUACAUACAGAUCUGUGGGGUCAUCUCCAACAGGCAGUUGCUGACACACCAGAUUUGCAUAUUCCCUGCUCUGUACGUGACAUUAUGAACCGCUGGACUCUCCAAAUGGGCUUCCCAGUGGUCACCAUUAACACCAGAACAGGAGGAAUCAGCCAGAAACACUUUUUGUUGGAUCCAGAUUCGAAAGUGGACAGGCCGUCCCAGUUCAAUUAUACAUGGUUUGUUCCAAUAAAAUGGAUGAAAAAUGGAGUGGAUCAGCAACAAUACUGGCUUCUGAAUAAAACAGACACCCAUGCUCAGAUGAGAGUUUCUGGACAGGAAUGGGUACUAGCAAACACAAACGUGUCUGGCUACUUCAGGAUUAACUAUGAUGCUGACAACUGGGAUCGUCUCCUCUCUCAGCUUGACACCAAUCACCAGGCUUUAUCUGUCAUGAACCGAGCUCAGAUCAUCGAUGAUGCAUUUAAUCUGGCAAGGGCAAAACUGAUCCCCACGACAUUGGCUCUGAGAACUACUCAAUACCUGUCAAAAGAGAGAGACUAUAUCCCCUGGGCGUCAGCCCUGAGAAACCUUCGGUACUAUAUCCUCAUGUUUGAUCGCACCGAAGUCUACGGACCUUUGCAGGCAUACCUCAAGAAACAAAUCGAACCACUUUUUGAAUACUUUGAAACAGUCACAACAAACUGGACCAAAACACCAAUAGAACACUCAGACCAAUAUAAUCAGAUCAAUGCUGUUUGGAUGGCGUGUAGUAUGGGUGUGGAGUCCUGCAGGAAACAAGUCAGCAGCUGGUUUAGACUGUGGAUGGGCAACCCAGAUCACAACCCGAUUCCUUCCGACUUGAAAGCCACAGUUUACUGCAGCGCUAUUGGCUUUGGUGGUGCUGAAGAAUGGGACUUUGCCUGGAAGAUGUUUCAGAACGCGUCUCUGGCAUCGGAAGCUUCCAGACUCAGGUCGGCUCUGGCCUGCACCAAAACACCGUGGCUCUUGAACAGGUAUCUGGAAUAUACCCUCGAUCCGAACAAGAUACGCAAGCAAGAUGUCACCUCCACCAUCCAGUCCAUCGCAAAUAAUGUCAUAGGAAUGCCACUGGCUUGGAACUUUGUCAGAGCAAAAUGGAGUUACAUCUUCCAACAGUACGGAAGAGGAUCUUUUUCCUUCUCUAAUCUCAUCAGUGGAAUCACACUGAGGUUUUCCACAGAAUUUGAGUUGCAGGAGCUGAAGAAAUUCAAAGAAGAGAACCUCCAUGUUGGUUUUGGCUCAGCUACCAUGGCACUUGAGCAAGCCAUCGAAAAGACGACAGCCAACAUAAAAUGGGUGACAGAAAAUAAAGCUGACGUGCUCAGUUGGUUUACUGAGCAGACUGUGAAAUGAAAUUUCAGAUGACAUGCAGCUUUUGUAUUUUCUGGGAUUUAUAAUUGAGAAAAACAGUAAUGUAAAUGAAAAAUACAGCAAAAUCUGCACAAAGACGUUCAGUUGUGAUGCAUUAAUAGCGUCAGAAGCAGAAACAGUCUUCACUUUUUUUUAUGAUAUCCUCACACUAUAUUUUAAAGAUAAUGAUGUAUGCAGAGUGUGAUUUACUCUAUAUUCAAUAAAGACGACACACUGAUCUGGUAUGAGGCAGAAGCUAAGAUCAUUAACUAUGACUGAUUUAAUGCAGAUUCUGAUAAGUGUCAUGCAAACUUCACACUGUGAAUCAAAUUUGUUUCCUUAAAAUAUCACCAUUAAAUAAAUUAAUAAAAAAACAACUUUCUUGC